AUGACUCUUAUUGGUACAGUACAGUCGCCAAAUGAACGAAGCUGGAUGGAAUAUUCAGUUAGCUUUCAUCCGGAAUUUAAUAAUUAUCAGAUAUUAAUUCGAGGUGCCGUGAAAACAAAUAACGCUAGUACUAUCCAAAUUAAUAGCAUUGCAAUUAUUCCACAAGAAAUCAAUUGUUAUACUGAAAAUGGUCAGUAUUAUCGAGGCCAAAAUCACCAAACUAUAGACGGCUAUGAGUGCAAGGAUUGGCAAUCUCAACGGUCAAUUCCCCAUGUUUCUGCCAUGAAACGUAGCAAAGAUGAUCUCACCUCAAAUUACUGUCGAAAUCCUGGCAGUUAUAGGUCGAGACCAUGGUGCUAUACAACUAACCCGAAUGCACAGUGGCAUUAUUGCAAUAUUCCAAAAUGCGUUGAAAGUGUAAAUAACUCUUACACUUAUGCAUUAGGAAAUAAAUAUCCGGUUCAGAUAGUAAAUAAAGACGAGAAUUCUGCUAAUUCCGGUCUUCUAACGCUGUUUGCUAACGGGCAGUGGGGAACUGUUUGUGGUGAUAGGUUGUCGGUACAUGCUGCAUCUGCUAUAUGCAAACAAACUAAUAAGGGCAACUAUGGAUAUAUAACAAGAGGCAGCUUUACAGGCAAGGACAAAGUACUAGUGCGCGGAUCCGAUAUUAAAUGUAAUCCAAACGCUGCAGGAUUGCAAGAUUGCACAGUGUAUGCAAAUCCUUCUACUCAACAGUGCAGCCAUAACAAAGAUAUAUGGAUAACUUGUUCUAGGGAUCAAAACUCUAGAACUGGUGGUUUUGGGGUUGAAUUAGUUGACUCAUCGAGUCCUAGUCAAGGCGAAAUAAGAGUGAUCAGAAACAACGUUGCAAUCCCAGUUUGUUACUCAAAUUUAAGCAUAGUAGAAGCCGAUGUAAUUUGUCGUCAAUUAGGAUACACUACUGCUGGUGGCAUACAAACAUAUCAUCCUAUUUUGGAUGCAACGGUCUGGGUUACUUAUUUUAAGUGCAAGGGCUACGAAUCAUCCAUUAACGACUGUGUAAUAGAGGUGACAGACUUAAAUCGGCCUUGUUCGUUAAGUAGUAGAAGGACUUUCGCACGGUGCUAUGGAGGCCAGCCAUCCAACGGACGAUUUUACGUGCGCUAUCGAACGCAAGAUACAACUGAAACAUUAUUUCUAUUCAACGGACAAAAUUUCCCAACUAAUACUAUAGCACCAACUGCACGGAAUACCUCAAAUUCUAGUGCUGAUCCGACGACUCCUCCACAAGCCCUUUAUAAAUGGAUUAACAUAACAACGAUCUCAAUUCCCGUUAUAAAUUUUAAGAUUGAAUUUGAGGCGCAGUUGAACUCUCCUGAUAUUCACGUCAGUGAAGUAGUUGCAAUUUCCACCUUUGAAGUUCAGGGCGUUGCUGCUUAUGUCAAGCCUGGUCUGAUAAGUCUAGUUGGUGUUGGUUUUGCUGGCGGAGCAAUCAUGUUAUCUCUUAUUAGUAUUGUGACAUACUUAAUCUGCAAAGCAAAGCAUAAUCGAUUAAACAGAUAUGUCGUUUAUGCGCGUUUUCCAAUAAAGACAGUGACUAAAGAUGGCCAUACACAAGAAGCAGCAAAUGCCUUCAGAGAUGAAUAA